AUGGCCGCAAAACAGAGAGGAAUUGACAAACAGCUAGAGAAGCGGCUCAAGGAAUAUCAAGACGCGGUGACCGCAGCUGCCGAGGAUAUUAUAUUCCAAACCUUCCCUAAUAAAGUGCGUGCCACCCACAUCGCGAGUUCAUUUCAUUUCGCUGACAGAAUAUCGAACCACACGUUCAGGGAAAUUCAGAAACUCAUUGAUUCGACUGCGUCCUUGGAAUCCCCAUUCCAUCCGUCUCACGCAGCAACCUUCACUGAUACUACCGUCUAUCCCACUCCUUCCACAUCUCAAGAGCACGAGGCUAAGAAACGGAAACGCGUCAACGAAGAUACCUCCGCCUCCAACGGCGUCUCCGCGAACGACACUGAAUACGCCAGGUAUCCCAAUCUCGUGCUAACGAACCAGCAUAUCGGCAAACUUCAUGCUAUACUCAAGAAAGAGUGCGAAGAAUUGGCUGAAUAUGUGGACAAAGUGAAGUUGUGGGUCAAUCUGAAUAUGCCCCAGAUCGAAGACGGUGACAACUUCGGCGUGCAAAUCCAAGAAGAGGUCCUACAAGAGCUUCACCGCUCGCAACAGAGCGCUUACAACCUGCGCGACAACGCUCGGCGAGACUACCUCGACCGCGCGAAGAUCUGCUCGAAGCUCAUUAAAUAUCCCAAUGUGCAGGAUUACUCGCUGGCGCUGAAGGAGCACGAUGAUAAACAACUAUACUGCGCUCGCCAGGACUUAUUAGAUGUCCGGAACAUAUACGCAGUAUUGACCGACAUUAUCCACAAGAAUAUCGCUAAGCUACGGUCGCCGAAGGGAAAUAACUCCAGCGGGUUAUACUAG